AUGAAGGAUGUUGAUACUUGUACGACUGAAGAGGGUGGUGGAUUUGGAAAUGAGGGUGUUGUAGGUGGAAGUGAGAAUUGUGAGGGUGAUGACGAAGUUGGGAUGGAGGUUGGUGGUGAGAGUGUUGUUGAGGGUGAGAAUGUAAUGGAUGGCGUGGAGAGUGAGACUAUAAUGGAUAAUGUCGAGGCUAAAGCUGAUAUGAAUGGUGUUGAAGAUGAAACUAUUAUAAAUGGUUUGGAGGAUGGUGUCGAGAGUGACAUAAUGGAUGAUGUUGAGGGUGAAGUUGUAAUGGAUGAUGUAAAAGUUGACAAUAAACUGGUGUAUGAUCGGACUCUAGAAGGCACUGAUAAUGGUGAUAGUGCUGGAGACCUUGAGGGUAAUGUAGGUGAGACCAAAGGUAGUGGUGAUGGUACUGAUGAUACUGAAGGCAAUGUAGCUCCUGGGGAAGGUGCUGAUGCAAUGACAGGUGAUGGACUAGGGUUGGGUGCAUCAACUGGGGAUGGGGCAGAAGUGGCUGUAGGUGCAAUAUUGUUUGUAUGGGCAUGUAUAUUCUCAGCACCUGCAGCUGAAGAAGUUCAGACUCCAAAAAAUGUGAAAGAAAUAGGAUUAAAGCAUAAUACCAGGCUUAAUUCGCUGCCUCUAUAUCUCACCUCUAGCUCACAGCGAGCUCAGUGGCACAAUGGGGGUGGGCUGGAGCGAGGAGAGGCGGUGACCGCAGCCGGCGUCGAGGUGAGGAGUGGGGGUUGGGACGCUCGAUGGUGGUGGUUGUCGUGGAUGACGAGGGGCUUUGGUGGAGGUUGGAUUAGGGUGAGGCCGCGAAUGCGACUUGGCCUUGCGGUGGCUCGACGAAGGGGACGACGAAGUGGGGUGCUCGAGAGUGGGGAGGCUGCAGCUAGGGUUCUGGUGAAGGAGGUGGGUGGCGGGUUAUAG